AUGUCAUUUUAUUCCCAUAACAACUCGCAACCUAGCAACGAGGGUCGACCUCCACGAGAAGGAGGAGGAGGAGGAGGACGGCCUCAAGAACAAGAAGAAGGACACUAUCUACAGCAAGAACAACGACUCGAGGACCAAGGACAAAAUUCUUGUAUGCAGUGUGGUAUGAGUUUUGGGAGCGAGAAUGCCGUUCGUCGACAUUCACACUAUCAAUGUCCUAACGGAUUCGAGCAUAUUGGUGGUGUUGAGCAUCCUGUUAACCCAGUACGACGACGACGACCAAGCAACAACAACGAUGCUCGUAGAGCAAGUGAACCGAGAGCGCUCUCUUUGGAACACUUGCAGUUGCAGAACCCUGGUGAUUAUGAAUGUCGGAUAUGCCACUUGGUGUUCGACUCAAGCCAGCUGUUUCAAGAGCACAUAGCAACCCCUCGUUCUCAGACGUCAUGUUUGGUGUGUGGAUCGCACUUUUUCAAUCGUUCGUGUUCGUAUAUGAUGGUCCACCAAGGGUCGCAAAGCUGUAUGGCUCGUUUUGAUUCUGCGAUAUUGGAGAAUGCAUGGCAAGUCAUGGGCGAGACGAAAAGUAGCGGGUUGGAUGGGAGUGAAAACAAAGUCAACAGGAGAAGAUAG